AUUUUAAAUGAACUUUGCAUUUGGGAGUCGAGUAUAUGGGAUCUUUACACGCCAUCUUUUUAAAACGGCAGUACUAGUUUAGCAAUGGUACCCCACUUAGGUUCUACAUAAUUGUACGAGUAGGUGCAAAAGAUGGCAUUCAAUAUGUUGGUAAUUAAAUUAUAGAGCAUUUCUGCAUUUGUAUCAUUAAUAGCAUGGUUGAUGGCAUUCUUAUGUCCUGCGUGCGUUUCGUGAGCAUGGUUUAUUAGGUCAGCUACAUGUAAAGUCCAUUAACUGCUGUACGGAUGGACAAUUGAUAGGCUUGUAGUAUAGGGCUUGUGCAUAAAUCACGCGAGGUUUGAUAGGGGGGAAGGGGGUCACGAAAAAAUCACGACAGAUCACGUUGGGGGAGGGAGGGUUAUAAGGAGACUUCAAUUGUAUUUUUCUACAGUGAACAAAUAUAAGAAAAAAUGUCUACCACAUAAGUUGAUACUUUUUCUCGGUUUCGUUGAACAUAAUUCUUCACUUCGCACUUCAAAAUUGCGAGUCUAUUUUACGAAAUUUUGGAGCGCGUAUAAUUAAUAUGCAUCCCGUUCAUAACGAAAAUAUACAAACAAACAAGAUUUACUAUAUACAGUACUGUUUAUCUCAAAAUUAGCCCGAAUGAAAAAAAUACACGUGAGGUUAUGUGGGGGUUUGGGAGUCAAAAAGUAGCCGAAAAAACCUCGCGUAAUUUGUGCACAAGCCCAUAUGAGUAGAAAUUGUAUAUUACGGAAUCAGGGUGAACUCCAAUGUUGUUGGACUGACACAAUUUAUUAGUUCUAUUGAGAUUCCCUACAACAGUAUUGUUCUAAUACAAUAUGUUGUAUGUAUAAGUGUAAAUUGUGUUUGUAUUUAUAAAAUUUCUCCACAACAAAAGCCACCAGUUUUAUGUUUCUUUCUCUUCUUAAAUAAAAUGAAAAAUCCGAAGAAUAAUUCCUUACUUAACCGGAUCGUGUAUGCAGUUAAUUAUUUUGGCAGUAAUAGCAAUCUUCACGGGAUCGGACAUGUGAUUUCUUUAUCGCACAUACCAAGUUUUAAAAGACUAUGCUGGCUGUCUAUUCUGCUGGGCAGUUGCUGGGGCACGUUCAGCAUCCUUCGUGAAGUUUUGGAUCUCUACACGCAAGGCUCCGUGUCUUACUCAGUGGACACCAACUACCUGUCCUGGAACACCCCCUUUCCGACCGUGACGCUGUGUGAACAGCUGGAUACCGAUAGGCUGAGAAGUUAUUUAGCCGCGAAGAAACUGCCACCUACAAUGUUGGCAUUCUUCAGGGAUGUGCUGUACUACAGCAACCAGCAGUGCAAACAGUGCACCAACUGCAAGAACACCACCUGCGUCGACAACUACAUCGACUACGUGAAAGACUACCGACUGAAGUGUGAGGAUAUGUUGAACAAGUGCUGGUGGGCAGGGAAGCCUUACAAUUGCUGUGAAAUAUUUAGUCCCUUAAAAACGGAGUACGGUCCGUGCUUUGCGUUUAACUCGCGGCUGACAGGCGAUGGGUUUGUCAGGCACAUCAACAGGACCACCGGUCUGCCGAGUCUCGUGUUCACAGCUAGUCGGUUGAUUACGUUGCGUAUACACGCACCUGAUGACGUGGUAUCCGUCAAAGUGGAGAAGAUAGUGACCACCGACACGAUGCCCCUCGUAUCUGAACUCAAUGCAACCUUGAAGUCGGAAGCAAUAACGAGCGACAUGAGUAUUUACCGCUUGGACCCACUCCGACGCGGUUGCUUGCUCGUGCAGGAGAAGCCGUCGUUCGCGCAGCAGUGGCCUUUCAAGCGGUACUCCUACAGUGCAUGUGUGUUGUACUGCAGGGCUAAACUCCAGGUUGACCUGUGUAACUGCACACAUCACUUCAUGGUCCGGCUAAAUGGAUAUAGUAUUUGCAACGUCUCUGGACUUGGCUGCCUCUAUAAAAAUAAAGAAAGCUUGCAUUCGAACACCAACUGCGGGUGCCCAAUGGCUUGCGAGGAAAUAAACUACAAAGCUGUGUAUGUUUCAUUUCAGCGCGAGGCUAGUCCCGUUUCGAAAGAGCUAAUAGCUCGAGGUUCCCGCGGUGUGGUGAGGCUGAACACCCUGCCGACGCUGCGGGUUCGGCGUCAUGCUAUCAGGGAUAAGAUGGCUUUAGUUGUGGACAUUGGUGGUGUGGGCGGAGUGUUCUUCGGAGCAUCUUUACUUAGCGUUAUCGAGAUCGUGUACUUGCUCUGCAUUCGCCGCAGUCACAGCUCAUAAACAUCAGCAAAUUGCACCUAGAAUGAACUGUGGUUCAGUGAGCUGCUCGUUCCCCUGCCUGGGCGCGGCGCCUCCCCGCGCGUGCCCCGAGCCUCCCCCCGAGUGCCCGACGGGCUGCGCGUGCGUCGUCGACUGCCGGCGCAAAGCCAUGG